AUGGAACCCUCCGAGAAGGACCAAUGUUCACAACCGAUUGGGCCCAACUGGCAUCGAAAGAGUCCUCGAAGGGAGGAAUACGUACCUUUCCAUAGACAAUACCGAAACGACGGCGAUACCGAAGAGGAUUAUGAGCGGGGGCAUCACCAUCAUCUUCAGUAUUCACCUCCCAGGCGGCAACAACAUAACAACCACGAAGAGAUCCCACCUUAUCUUCCUCGAGGUCAGCAGGAAGUAAGAGGCCAGAAUGCUUCGAUCCGAGAUGAGAUGAGGAAGAUCAUUGGAAUGGUCGUAGACCAGAGUCCCUUUAUACCAGACAUUCGAGAUGACCCAAAGCCCCGGGACUUUGACUUCCCCAAGGACUUCACCAAAUACUCGGGAGAUACGGACGUCUCCCAGUGGCUGCAGGGGUAUGUCCAGGGUCAACAUGAAAGUCUCUCAGACUUCCAUCGGCGUUUCAUCUGCGAAACUUUACAAGUUGACAACAUAGAUAGAUGGGAUGUCCAGAAUGGUUUUAUCCAAGGGCUCAACCCAUUUGGAAAAUCCUCAAUGCUAAGAGUAAAACACUCGACUAAACCUCCUAGGAACUCCCAAGAGAUGUGGGCUAUUGUCGAGAACCAUAUUCAACGAGAGCACACACUCAAGAGAUCACAAGAAUCUCUCACGGCAGUAGGGCCAAGAGACAAACCAAGGGUUAACAAAGAAAGUAGGACAACAUUGCCUAAACUCGAUAGGCAAUUGACGCCUUUGACUAAGCUACGCCGGGAAAUCCUCCAGAUCCACAAGGACGAGUUACCUACCCCAAAACCUUUACCGCCCAAUCCAAACAGGUCAACGGAACAAUAUUGUGAAUAUCACAAAGACCACGACCACGAUACUGAGGAUUGUCCAGAACUUAAGAUGGAAAUCGAGAAUGAAGUUAAGUCUGGUAAAUUCCAGCAAUAUGUGCAAGGACCCUCUGGAUAA